AUGGCGGUAUACUCGGCAACCAUCGCAUUUCGCUCCUCCUGCGCGCCUUUGUGCACGAUGACAAGGGAUGCGAAAGGCUACAUGGCAGCAUCCAACAUGGCCAAGACCAGUGAGAUGAUGGAAAACCGCAAGCGUAGAAGCAGCAAACCCACACAGAGCUUGAAUGUGUACCUACAGGAGGACGAAGAUGAAGAACCCAAAGACUUCGUUGCGGAAGCGGACACUGGAGUAGCUGAUUUCGUGAAGCAGUAUCUUGCUGGACAUUUGCUAGCUUUUGCCGCCGAUUGGUUACAGGGCCCACACUUGUACGGUGUCUACAAGUACGACAAGAAGCUCGAAGAGACUUACAUUGCCGCCCUCUAUGUGACUGGCUUUAUCUCCGCGGCCCUCAGCGACGCCUUUGUGGGACAGCUGGCCGACAAGUUCGGCAGGAAGAAGGCCUGCCUGAUAUAUUGCCUCACAUGUACGAUGUGCUGCCUGUCCAUGUUGUCGGACAACCUCUACGUACUCUUUGGUGGCAAGUUCUGCGGCGGGGUGAGCACCACGCUACUGUACAGUGUUUUCGACGCGUGGAUGAUCACAGAAUAUCACAAGCGUGGCCUCGAGGCAGAGCACCUGUCGCUGGGGACUCUGUACGGAUGGAUGAUGUCUCUCAACUCCAUCGUGGCUACCACAACUGGAAUUUUCGGGGACAUCCUGGUUUCAUUUACCGGAACAAAAGUGUCACCGUUAUUGUUGGCUGUUCUGGUGCUUGUCGGCACUGCUACGUGUAUCAGUUCGACGUGGUCCAGUGUGAAAAUAUGGCAGCCCGCCAAGCGACGUGUCCAGGACGUCUUUCCUUGCCGUGACAGCCACGGCGAUCAAAAAACGUGGAGAGACAAGCGCAUCUUUGCCCUCACGACGGCCUCCUCUCUAUUUGAGUCCACGAUGUACCUCUUCGUCUUCUUCUGGUCUGCAGCUCUCGUCAGUGCCCGCAACGCCUCCGGCAUCACCGAGGAUCCCCCACUCGGCCUCAUCUUCGCCUGCUUCAUGUGCUGCAUGAUGGCAGGGUCGGUGCUGUUCACCACGGCCACGACCUCACACAAUGUCGCCAGCGCGUCCUUCAUCCUUAACGCCGCCAUCACGUUUGCCAGCGCCUCGCUGCUGUCGGCCGUAAUCGUACCAUCUCAUGAGUACUUAGUCUUCUGGGCAUUCUGCCUGGUUGAGCUGUGCGUGGGCAUGUACUUCCCCAGCAUGAAUUUCCUCAAGAGCAAAAUUGUCCAGGAUGGCUCGAGGGCCAAGAUAUACAGCUUCAUGAGGCUUCCUCUGAGCACACUUGUCGUGCUGGCUCACUCCCUUACCGGAGAAGGUGACUACCAUCGGAACAACGUAUUCAUCUCGUUUGGUGGAGCCCUGCUGGUGGCCUUCAGCAUCACCCACCGUCAGCUUCAAUGA